AUGGGUGCUGGGCAAAGCCAAUCCAACGGGAACUAUGCUACAGGUGACAUCAACACGAAUAUGGCAACCGCGGUAGAGGCGGAGGAUCAAGAGGAGCAGACGAGGCUGACCUGCUGCUGUGUUCGCAGAAAGUGGCCCACAUACGGCACCGUGAGUACACCGAAGACUCCCGAGGAGAAGGCCCUCAAAAUUUGCAGCUAUUAUGAACCUCUCGUUGAUGCUAGUGUGUUUGCAGGAAUUAUUCAACAAACCCAAGAGGAAUGCAAGGCUCGUAACCAGGAGGAGCAACCACAACCCGAGGGUGAGGAAGCGUGA